CACGCCCUCAGUCCUCCAUAACCUUUACCAUCAUUAACACAAUCGUUGGUCUUUUAAAUCAUAUGCAUUCAAACCUUAUCUAUUAAAUAAUGUUUCAAUUAUUUGGAAGUCUUAAACAAUUUCUAAAACCGAGUUCUUGUGUAAUCGAUAACAAUAUAUUUCGACUUCACUAUAAGGCGACUGUAGUUAUACUCAUAGGAUGUAGUCUUAUGGUUACGGCUCGACAAUACUUUGGCGAUCCAAUAGACUGUAUCUCUAGAGACGACAUCCCACCGAAUCUUCUGGACACGUAUUGUUGGAUUCACACCACGUUUAGUAUAGAGAAUGCAUGGAAGAAAAAAGUGGGGGAAGAAGUGCCGUAUCCC